AAUUCUGCAAGUGGUUCUAAUUUACUAUCGCUGUUCUCAAGCUGGUCUAAAACCGAUUUUGACCUAAAGGGACGCUUUUUGGACACCAUGGACGUUUCUCAGUUUCUAGGCAAAAAUAAUAGUAAAAAUGCAGGCAGGGCACAGGACAAAGCAGUAGGGACAAAAUGUAUGUGAAAUGGUUUUAUACAGUAAUGUAAUACAUGAAUGUCAAAUUUUUACAUUUUUUAAAUUCCCGCCGGUUCUGUCCCCCUGUACGUACUGACGCUCACAGGGAACGGAACCCAGAAGACAAAUGCCACUAUCGGCCGGAGGACGCUGCAGGGGGGACAUUGCGGGAC